GCUGAUUGUAAGGAAUUGGAAUCUGUCCUAGUAGCCAUCGUUUUAUCUAAUCUGUCAGUGUAAAAAAAUAGCGAUUUAGAAAAAAACUGUUUUUAUAUUCAAAUUUCAAGUGAAUAAUUAAAAUACCGAAAAUGGACGAUGAGUUUAUUGCGAAGGCCACCAGAAUUGUGUUAGCCAUGGCUUCCGCGUUGUUGUGCCAUGAUGUGGAGACCGUUCGUGAACUUCAUGACAGAAUUAUCCGAUUAGGAGAAGUCCCAAAUCAGAAAUUAACGGAUUCCGACAUGGAUCGGUUGGUUCACUCCAGAACUAUCAACAUGAAUACCCAAGAUAAUGAUACCUAUGCAGAUCUCCACCAUUCUGGAACAAUUCAUAUGCCGAAUGAGUCUAUUAGCUCCACCCGACAUUUCAGCAAUCCAAUUGCCUCUUCGACGAUUGUGGAACAGCCAAUUUCCCGGACGCCCCAAAAACCCCUUCCAUUCGAAAUAUACCAUGACGUUGAAAAUGGGUCCUACGGUUCCUUCGAGGCUCAGCUCACUCCUAUUCGGUUGGCAGAUGUGAGAGCUGCUGCCCCUCCCAACGAGUCGCUUAAAUUUAAAACGCUUCCCGGAGUUGACCGACCGCCAAUGGAUUACCUCCAGGUACCAAAGCAAACGUAUCCCAUGUCCAGAAGCCUCGGAACACAGUCCACGCCGGAUGACCUGGACGCAUCGGUCAGAAUGCUGGUGCAAAGAAUCCACCGCCGAGCCGAAGCAAUGUUGGCCACGGAGCGGUCGGUCCAUGGCGAACGAACUAGCAGCAUUCGAUGAAGCUUAAAUUACGCGUAAAAUUCGAAGCUUUGAGUGAAUCAUCCAACAUUGUCCUUUAAAUCCAAGAAAAAGUAGUAAACUCGAUUAUUCCCACU